ACUCCAGCUCCCGCUCCCGGUCAGCCAUGGCCGCGUACAAGCCUGUGGUGGUUCAGGUAGUCCCCAAGCUCGGGGAGAGGAUCACGCAGGACACAGUGUACUGGCGGGGCUACAAGACGCCUGUUCAGAUAAAGGAGUUUGGUGCAGUGAAUAAAAUCGACUUCUCUCCAGUUGCUCCAUAUAACUAUGCUGUCACAGCCUCCUCAAGGAUCCACAUUUAUGGUCGUUACUCUCAGGAACCGAUCAAAACAUUUUCUCGCUUCAAAGAUGCUGCUUAUUGUGCCACAUACAGAGAUGAUGGCAAUCUGAUUGUUGCUGGCAGUGAAGAAGGGAGCAUUCGCCUCUUUGAUGUUAGUGGAAGAGCACCUCUGAGACAAUUUGAUGGUCACACUAAACCUGUUCAUGUUGUGGGCUUCCUGUCUGAUAAGUACCGAGUAUUUUCUGCUGGUGAUGAUUAUGCAUCCAGUUUGUGGGAUAUUCCGAGUAGUACAGAAAUCAUCUCCUACAAUGAACAUACUGACUAUGUGAGAUGCGGCUGUGCAAGUAAAGUGAAUGCAGAUGUCUUUAUAACAGGUUCCUACGAUCACACUGUGAAACUGUUUGAUACACGAGUGAAAAAUAGUGUCAUGACAAUAGAACACGGUCAGCCUGUGGAGAGUGUGCUGCUCUUCCCUUCUGGUGGGCUUCUAGUAUCUGCAGGAGGUCGAUAUGUCAAGGUUUGGGAUGUACUGAAAGGUGGACAAUUACUGGUUUCACUUAAAAAUCACCAUAAAACUGUAACUUGUUUAUGCCUGAACAGCUCUGGACAAAGGUUAUUGUCAGGAUCCUUGGACAGGCACGUGAAGAUUUACAGUACUACAUCUUACAAAGUAGUCCACAGCUUUAACUAUGCAACGUCUGUCCUCAGUCUUGCGUUGUCGCCUGAAGAUGAAACCAUAGUUGUAGGCAUGACCAAUGGAGUGCUAAAUGUUAAACACAGAAAACCUGAAGUAAGGAAAGAAAAGACUGCGAAGAAGAGACAACCAGCAUAUAGAACCUAUGUGAAAGGAAGAACUUACAUGCCAAAACAGGAAGACUUCUGUGUCAGUAAACCUGUAAAACACGUUUUGAGGAAAUACGACAAACUGCUAAAGAGCUUUCAGUCAUCCAAGGCUCUUGAUGCAGUACUGGAGCCACCCAUCAGGCUUCAUACUCCUGAAGUUACAGUUGCAGUCAUGCAGGAGCUACAUCGCAGAGGAACGCUGAGGAGUGCGCUUGCAGGCCGAGACGAGAAGCAAAUCGACCUCCUUCUUACCUUCGUGGCAAGGCGUGUGAUUGAUCCAAGAUUUACUUCUAUACUAGUGACUGUUGCAGAUAUAAUCACUGACAUUUAUCAGCCUGUGGUCGGGCAGUCGGCAGUUGUUGAUAGACAGUUCUUGAAACUUCAGAAAGCCAUAGGAAAAGAGAUUGACUAUCAAGAGGAACUACUAGAAGUUUUGGGGAUGAUGGAUACACUGUUUGCUACUUUCACUAGGAAAAGAGUUACUUGUCUAGAAGAGAGCAAAAGUAAUGGUCUUGGAGAGACCACUGAAACAAGUAUGAAUAAUUGACUGACACCUAUCACCAAAAAUUGUCACAACAGUAAUGUGGACUUGUGAAAUACCUUUUUAUAAUAGUGACUUUCAAAACAAGCCUCUCCAUGUUGAAACCUUUCAACACGUGUGGCUCUGAAUAGGUUGAAUUACUGAAAACAUGAAAAGGCAUGUUGACAAGAUUUUUCCCAUGCAAUAUUUUCAAAACAGUUCAAUUUUAAAGUUUUAUUCCAAAGUUAUGUAACUUUGGAAGACAUUUUUAUGCAUCCAGUACUGUCAUUUAGACCGUCUGUCAACAAUUUUUGUUUACCAGAAGAAAACCUGAGAUUAUCUUUACCAGAAGGUACUUCAAAUUUAUCUAAUGUGUUAUUGCCCUUAUUUGAGGGUAAUAUCACAUCUCACAUACUUGGACAUCAGAAUAAAACUGGCUCCUUUUAUAAAACAUGACUACAUUAUGUUUUCUCUCCCUGCUUCAUCUCUGUUUCAGAUCUCCUUCAAUUCACAGGAAGCAGUAGAAUGACGCAAUGUAUAAUGAAACAUUUGUUAACUUAAUUCUAAUGGCUCACAGGCAUUUACAAAUUACAAUUCUCUAAAAAAAUAGGUAAUUAUUAUAAAGGGAACUUAUUUUAUGUUAAAUGAAUGCAGUAAGUAAACUGCACACCAUUGAGAAAAAUCUGCAGUUAAGUAGAGAAACUCGGUGGUUGUGUAAUUCUGUUCAUUCAAUCACAGAAUCAUAGAAUCAACCAGGUUGGAAGAGACCUCCAAGAUCAUCCAGUCCAACCUAGCACCCAGCCCUAGCCAGUCAAC